AUGGAGCGCACUGCAUCAAUUCGAGGUUUUCACAGUCCACAAUUUAUAACGGUUUGUUCUUCCACAGGACUACCGCGUCUAAAAGUUGGUUCAAGAGCAAGGCAAUGUGCCGUUGAAAGAGUUACAAGUAUUAGGGCGUCUCAAUCUAAACCUCCUACUUGUUCAUCAUUGUAUGAUGUUUUAAAUGUCCCUCACAAUGUGAGCGCGCGUGAUAUAAAGAGCGCAUAUCGUCGAAUGGCGCUUCAGUAUCAUCCAGACGUUUGCCCGCCUGCAGAGAAAGAAAAAUGCACCGCAUUAUUUCUCAAAGUUCAGGAAGCGUAUGAAACUCUAUCCAACCCUCUCCUCCGUCAUGAUUACGAUUGCAGACUGCAAAACAGAUUGGAAUUUAGCGACUGCGUGGGAGAAAAGAGUAGUAAGCAUUUGUGGGAAGUUCAGUUAAGGGAGAUGACUAGAAGAAGAUCAGGUCGUAAUUCGUCGUGGGGUAGCAGAAUGAGGAGACGGAAGGAAAAGUUCGCCGACCAUAGAUAA